AUGUCGACAGAUAACCCACCCCAGAUGUUAUUUUUUGAUACCUUCGGCACAGUAGUUUCGUGGCGUACAUGCGUAACGGAGGAGCUGAUCGCAGCCACCCUACGUGCCGUGAAUCAUCCCGACAAGGACCUCCCAGCCGACUUGCAGGACCGCGCUCUAGCCGUGACCCGGGAUGACUGGCUGGUAUUUGUCGCAGAAUGGCGGCACUCUUACAAUGUAUUCACCAAUACGUUUGAUCCAUCCAACGAGUUUGUGUCAGUGGAUCAGCACCAUUACAACGCCCUUCAGGACCUCCUGCAGCAGCGCGGUCUGGAUGGCCUGUUCACUGAUGAGAAGCUGUGGGAACUCGCUUUCGCCUGGCACCGGCUCAACCCGUGGUCGGAUAGUGUCCAGGGUAUUGAACUGUUGAACCGUCAGUUCGCCACUUCUACCCUGUCGAAUGGGAAUGUCUCUUUACUGCAGGAUCUCCAGCGACAUGGAUCACUGCCUUUCACGCAUCUUGUCAGUGCAGAGAAUUUUAAGGCUUACAAGCCUUCCCCGCUGGUUUAUAACGGUGCUGCCAAGAUGUUUGGACUGGAGCCAGGCCAGUGCGCACUAGUUGCGGCGCAUCUGCAGGAUUUGAGGGCUGCCCAGAGCUGUGGGUUUCAGACUAUCUAUGUUGAGCGUGAGCAGGAGGAAGAGAUGUCAAGUGAGGAGGCUGCGGAGGCCAAGGCUGAGGGUUGGGUAGAUAUGUGGGUUGAUCUUGAGUCCGAUGGCUUCCGAGAGGUGGCUAAGCGAUUUGGGAUUGAGUAA